UCUUUGCUUCCCAUUGUUUGUAGAUGAAUGACAAAUGUAUCAACUAAAGAUUGCUCCGGGCUCAAGUUUAGGCCACAACAACUCAUCGGUUCAUGGUCAGCAUUUAGAUUGUGGUGCUACCACAAUGGAUGCUGUAGGCGGAGGGAAUAAGCACUCCAACAGCUCUAAUCUUGCAUCAAAGCAACGAUUGCGCUGGACACAUGAACUUCAUGAACGUUUUGUUGAUGCUGUUGCUCAACUUGGUGGACCAGAUCGAGCUACACCUAAAGGAGUUCUUAGAGUCAUGGGUGUGCAGGGUUUGACAAUAUACCAUGUCAAAAGCCAUUUACAGAAAUAUCGACUCGCAAAAUAUCUCCCUGAAUCUUCUUCUGAUGGUAAAAAGCCAGACAACAAAGAAACUGCAGAUAUGCUUCCCGACAUGGACGGGUUAAAUGGCAAUCAAAUUACGGAAGCUCUAAAGUUGCAGAUGGAGGUUCAAAAGCGAUUGCAUGAACAAUUGGAGGUGCAGAGACAGCUACAGUUGCGGAUAGAGGCUCAAGGAAAGUAUUUAAAGAAAAUUAUCAAGGAGCAACAGCAUCUUAGCGAAGUCCUUGCAGAAACACCUGGAUGUGGAGCUUCUCUCACAGCAUGGGGUGACAAUGGCCUGGAAUAUGACAAGACUGACCCUGCAACUCCAGCCCCAACUUCAGAAUCCCCUCUACCAUAUAAGGCUGCUACAGAAGGAGCCCCUACUAAGAGCCACUCUAUUGAUGAAUCUUUAUCGUCUCCAUGUGAGCCUUUGACCCCAGAUUCCGGUUGCCAUGUUGGUUCCUCAUCAGGGAAGGCUAAGGGCGAGAGGUUGAUAAAGAAGCAACGGUUGAGCACAGCUGCAGCAUUUUCUAAACCCAAUAUGGUACUUCCACACCGCAUAUUGGACUCUAGCAAAAGUGCCUCCUACCAACAAACACGAUCAGAUUUCGUGGCUGACCAGUUUGAUCCUUUAUCUAGGAUAUCAAUCAGAAAUGACGAUCAAUUGGGAAAAGCUUCAAGAACGGAGUUGUAGUUUAUGUCCUACGUGGUAUAUGAUCUCCUUUUCGUUCUGUCUUGUGUAUUUCUGACUAGGUUGAAAAAUACUUGUGAACAUUGUUAC